GAGGAUACCCAUUUGACAACAACAUAUAUCAUUUAAAAACAUCAACACACCAGUAUCUUCAUUUAAAGUUACAGCUAAGUAUUCCAAAUGUUCGGCUAGAUCAAACUUUAUGGGCUGAAAUUAAGAUAUUCAAACAAUGAUUACAUUCAGAGUUUUUCUAACUUCUAAUGCUUAUAAAAAAAUAUUUGGAUUGGUCAAACCUCUAUAAAGAAGUAUCCAAACUCUAUAGAACCCAAUUAGCACAGAAUGACAGAAUAUAUAUAUACAUAACAAAAGUCUGCAGCAGAAAGUUUCCUCCUUACCAGCCUGUCCUGGCUUCAUGUAAAUGCAAGGGCUUCACAUUAUUUAAGUUUCCUACAAUACCUGCUUGCUCCUCAAACAAACAAAAGCUGAUAAUAUUUUUAAGCAUGUCAAGUCAAACCCUUUCACUAAUUACAAUUAUGAAUCAGUUUACCCAUUUUUCAAAACACUGUAUUAUUGUUUUUAUUAUCUUCAUGCCGCUUUUCCAAGUGACAAGAAUCAACCCACUAAUGAUUAAUACUAAAAAGACAAUAAAGAAGAAGUCAUGACUAUUUGCAACUUUCUUUUUUGAGUUCAACAAUUGCAAAGCGGGGAUCGAACCAUUCACAAUUGAUGUAUUAUUUACUAAACUAUGCUCAAAUUAGUAUUUGCAUCUUUCUUUUUAAGCAACAUAAUUAUCCAUCUAUAGAGUAUAGGCCAGAUAUAGCUAUAGACAAAAUUAGUAGGCAAACAUGUCUGUAUCUAAUGCCUCAGUGGAACUUCCCAUUUUAGACAUUUCUCAGCCUUUGUCUCCAUCUUCCCUUUCUUCACUAGCUGAUGCUUGCAAAAAAUGGGGUUUUUUCCAUAUAAAAAACCAUGGGAUCUCCAAAGAUACCUACAACAAACUCCAUUCCUUCUCUAAUGAAAUUUUCAGCCUCCCUAUUGAAACCAAGCUCAAAAUUGGCCCCCUCUCUUCUUUGAACACUUACACUCCCCAUUUCAUAGCCUCCCCAUUCUUUGAAACCCUCAGAGUCUCUGGUCCAAACUUCUUAGCCUCUGCUCAGAGUUCAGCAGAUUUGCUCUUUAACCAAAAGAGCCCACACCAGUUCAGUGAGAUAUUGCAAGAAUAUGGAGAAAAAAUGACAGAGCUAUCAAGGAAGAUUAUAAAGAACAUAUUGAUGAGCUUUGGGGAAGGUUUUGAGAAGACAUACCAUGAACCCCAUUUCAAGAAUUGUCAUGGAUAUCUGAGAAUAAACAAUUACACAUCUCCAGAAACCUUGGAAGAGGAUGAAGAAGCAGAAGGACUUGGAAUGCAUACGGAUAUGAGCUGCGUGACCAUUGUGUACCAAGAUCAAACAGGUGGUCUGCAAGUGAAAUCAAGCGAAGGGAAAUGGGUCGACAUAGACCCAUGUGAAGAAUCAGAAUUAGAAUCCAAAUCCGAAUCCGAAGCUCUUGUGGUGAACAUUGGCGACUUGCUUCAAGCUUGGGGCAACGACAGGCUGAGGUCGUCGGAGCACAGAGUGGUUUUGAGGCGGCCGGCGAUCAAUCGGUUCUCGAUUGCGUUCUUUUGGGGUUUUGAGGACGAGAAAGUGGUGUCGGCGCCGGAAGAGUUGGUCGGCGACGGUGGUGAGAGGCUGUAUAAGCCAUUUGUUUGCUCGGAUUAUUUGAAGUUCAGGGAGAAUGAUGAAAGAGGGAAAUUUGAAAAGGUUGGUUUCACUGUGAGAGACUUUGCUGGGAAUGGGAUUAAGAAGGAUUUUGAAGAAAAAUGAAUUAAUUAUAUUGUUUUUUUAUAUAUAAAAUUUUUACAAUUUUAUUCUCAUUAAUUAAAUAAU